AUACAGAGGGGGCGGGGCGGAGCUGCGGGAUUGACGCUGCGGCAGCAGGUAUCCACUGGAAAAUGGAUGACGAUGAUUUUGGAGGCUUUGAGGCAGCAGAAACCUUUGACGGUGGAAAUGGUGAACCACAGGCAACUUCUCCUGCCAUUCCUUGGGCAGCGUUUCCUUCAGAAGUUCUCCAGGACCCAGCUGCAGCUGUGAGUUCUACCUGCUUUGACCCUGUUACUCCAUUGACUUCAUCAGAUGAUACUGUGACAGAUAAUCAGAUGUCAUCCACUACUUUUAAUCUACCUGAUCUUAAAGAACAGGCUCCGUUAUCUAUUGGUCUGUGUUCGGAAGCACCAGAGUCCAAUUCGAGUCCACCUGAAGAUUCGGAUACAACUGAUGAUGGGGAUGAUGAUGACGAAAAACUGGGAUUGGACGAAUCAACGGAUCAUCUUCAGCAAACCCUUGCAAGUCUAGAAGUUAAACUAAAAGUAGCUGACGAAGAGAAAUGUGAAAUAAAAAAGGAGUUACAAGAUUUGCUGGAAAAAUACAGGAUUCUGGAAACGGAUUUCCUGAAAGACAAGGAAGAUAAAUUAAUUUCACACCAAGAUAGGUACAUCAAGCUCCAGGAGAAGCAUAAACAUGAAUUGGAAGACAUGAGAAGAACUGGGCAUGAGGCCUUGGCUAUUAUUGUAGAAGAAUUCAAGGCCUUACUGCAGUCCACGGUUCAGCAGCGAGAAGAAGCUGUUGAAAAACAGUAUUUAUCUGCAAUAGAAAAACAAGCACAUAAGUGCGAAGAUCUCCUUACUGCUCAGCAUCAAAGGCUGCUGGAUAUUCUGAACAAGGAGCGUGAAACAUUGAAGGGAAAAAUAGAAGAAUCCUUGAUGCAGCAAUCGCAGGAAUAUAAGGAAAUUCUGGAAAAGCAUAUGGCAGACGAAAGGCAAAAGAACAGGGAGGCUCUGGCUACAGCGGCAAAGAGUGAAAAGGAAAGCGUUCAAGCUGCCAUUCUGGUCGCCGUGAAAGAAGAAAGGGAAAAUAUGGAGAAGCUGCACAUGGAGGAAAAGGAACGGUGGCAAACGGAGCGAAGUGAAGAUUGCGAAAAGAUCGCUCAGGCAGUCGAGGACGCGAUGCAAGAGCACAAGCAGAACAGCCAGGAGAUUAUGAAGGCUGCAAUCAUAGAGGAGCAAAAGAAAAGUGAAGAGGCCAUAGAAAAAGCUGUGAGGCAAGCAAGGGAAGAGCUGAUGGAAUAUGUUAAGGAGCAGAAAAGGCUUGAUCAAGUUAUCCGUCAACGUAGCCUAUCCAGUUUGGAACUCUUCCUCUCGUGUGCACAGAAACAACUGAACGCUUUAAUACAGGAAGAACCUUCGACUCCAGUUGCAGGACAAAGUGGCCUUCCCCCUUAAGGUGACUUUAUGAAGUUACUGGUUCAAAUGCUGAAGAUUAUCUCUCUAAGAUCUUGGGGUGAUUGAUUCGGGAUCAGUCCGGUGGUCUAAUUAACUGUUGUAUGUUUUCAAGAUCAGUCUGCUGUCAGCUUUGAUACUAGUGGUCAUGAAAUCUAAUCUAACGAAACAAGACAAAGAUUAUUAGGUUUAUAAGAUUUUGUGCAUUUUCAGAAUGGCCCAGGGGUGUUCCAGUUGUUCUCAUUUAAUAUUUUUAUUAAAAUAAAUUUAAAAAGCAGAGCCCUUAAUGAUCCCCAUUUCAUUCAGACAGAAAGUUGGCACAUGCUCACUUACAAUCUGAUUUUUAAAAUUAUUAAAUGUACAAAUACACACACACACACACACACACUAGUGUGACAUACUACCCUUAACCCUUCCCCAUUUCUACUGUGUGCCUUAGAUUACUUUGAUGGGAAAGGGUAUGUCCUUCAGUUUGGUAACUCUACCCAGCUUCACUAUUUAAUUUCCUCUAUACUUUGAUGGGAAAUAUGAAUAAUAUUAAAGAUGUUAGCAUAUAAGGUAGUUUACAGAAGACAAGUUUAACAUUCAGAUAUGGCUGUUACAGUCUUCUUUGGAAAAAGUGGCAGCUAGCUUGCUGGAAGAUGAUACCCCUUCACAAGCAAACGUUUCGGUUGAUAUUUGAAAAAUCUGGAGAAAUAAAGUUUGUCUUGGGAUCCUUUUCAUUAACUAGCUAGUCUUCUCGGUAUCAGAUACAGAAGGCGUUAAUGAGCAUUCGCUCUUAAUGUUCCCAGUUAAACAUUGUCAGUUGCUCAACAUUACAGCCAAACGUUAAUCUGGAUCCACUCAUCUGGUGGCUAGCUCUCCUGCUCUUCAGAUUCCUACCAUUUUUUUGACCACUCCAAUCCAUGCUUGACCUUUUGUGAAGUAAAAAAAAAAUCCCUCCCUCAACAUUCCAUUCACUCCAUAAAAUCCCAUUGGAUGUCACCAAGGCCUCCAGAUCUGCCCAGAAUUUGGCAGGAAAAUUGAUUGUUGACACUAGCAGUUGGAUAACUUCAUAUUUGUCACACAGUCUGCCUGAGGAAACUUAUAAAUGCAGGUGAGACUUCUUUAGGUCUUAUCUGGGUCAGCAGUGAAUGCCUGCUUUGGUUACUUUACAUUUGUUACCUUGUAAUUAUAUGAACAUGUUCACAACCAAAACAUGACCAAUGCAUGAAAAAGUUAAUUCAUUACACUCUGAGAUGGAUACACAUUUCUAUUUAACCAUCCCAGUCCUUUUUCGUUUAUACAAAGUCUGAACAGUGCAUCUGCAACUACAUUCUUAUGUUUAUAGUCAUGAAGGAUAUCAAAGUCCCAAGUCCUGAAAUAAGAGAACUGAACAAUUUUCCAUUAUUGCCUUAAGUGUUGUGUAGCCAGCAUAGAGAGUGGUCCAUGUGAAGACUGUUAUUUAUGCUUAGAAAUAAUAUUGGAUUCAGUCAUCCAUUAGCCUUACUCUGGUUGAAUACCGCUCCUAGUCCUACAUUGGAACCAUCACAAAAGGCUUGUUGAAGCCAGCAACCAUGACUAGAAGUCCCGAGGUUAUGAGGUUUAUAAGCUGGCAGAAGGCUGUUUUCCAUUCAGCUAUCCAGAUCAUGUUUCCUGGCAGAGUCUUCUUCAGAUGUACAUGGAUUCUAAGGGUGUAAAUGCUGUCACCUGUGAGAUAAACUGUAAGCUUGUUCAAUGCUUUUCCCAGCCUAAUUGAAGUGCAAUGCUGUAAUAGACCUUUUACCCCCCUCUCCUGGUUUGGUUAUUAUUUAAUACCUUGUCCACCCUACAACCACGCAGAAGAUCUGAGGUCAAAUAAAAAAAACUAACACAUUUUAUUUAUUUCCCUGGAAAAGGUUAAAGGGCCUUUGAGACAUGAACAUGUGUACUUCCUCUGAUCUGACCUCCUCUCCACUGUCCUCCUUGGACUGGCAGCUUCAGCUGAACGUGAAACACUAAUACGUUGCGUAAUUGAAAAUUUGCCCCAGCAAGAAUGUAGGUUUACCACAUGGAGAAGCCCUG